UUGAAAUCUCUUUGCCCCAGUCUGACUAAUCAUGGGUUCCCUCUCAGAAGGCAAAAAACUGACCCAACCCGACUCCGGCAAAGACACACCACCGGACUUCCGAUCACUGAAAGAGGUCCCAGCCUCCUACUUAAGGUCGGAGAUUGAUUACAACUCCUUUGUGAACUUGAUUGAUUCACAAGCAUAUGUUCCUGUUGUGGACCUUGCAGACCCUAAUAUUAUUGAACUGGUGGGCCGGGCAUUUCAGACAUAUGGUGUCUUCCAAGUCACCAACCAUGGCAUUCACAUGGGCCUCAUAAAGGAUACCGAGAUUGAGGCCCGAAGGCUCUUCUCCCUACCUGCCGAACAAAAGCUCAAAGCCCUCCACCCGCCGGAUGGGUCCGCAGGCUAUGGACUCACUCGUUUCACACCCUUCUUCGAUAGAUUGAUGUGGAAUGAAGGAUUUUCCAUUAUGGGGUCCCCCAUUGAUGAUGCCCGCAAGCUUUGGCCAGACAACUACACAAUAUUCUGUGAUGUAAUAGAAGGGUAUCUGAAGCAGAUGCAGGAGCUGUCCAUGAAAUUGAAGAGGCUGAUCCUUGCCUCAUUGGGCUUGACUACUGAAGAAGAUCUAAAGAUGGCUGGGCUUGGCCCAUCAGGUGAAUUCACUGAAGGCUGCAUCACUGCUCUCCAGUUGAAUCAUUACCCACCCUGUCCCAACCCAAAACAGGUCAUGGGUCUAGCUGCACACACAGAUACAUCCAUGUUCACCAUCCUCUACCAAGGUGAUAUAAGUGGUCUCCAAGUCUACCGUGAAGGGGUUGGAUGGGCCACGGUGCCACCAGUACCUGGUGCCUUCGUCGUCAAUGCCGGUGACCUCCUCCAUAUACUAUCCAAUGGCCGGUUCCCAACCCUCGUCCACCGUGUGCUUGCGAACCCAGCCCACAACCGCAUCUCCUUGGCCUACUUCUAUGGCCCAACACCAAACGCUCAGAUCAAGCCAUUCUCCAAUCUGGUCGAACCAGGCGAUGUCCCUCGCUAUUGUUCUAUGCUGUGGGGAGAGUACAUCAACACCAAAGCCAAGCAUAUUGGCAAGGCCCUUUCUCUUGUUAGCAAUAUAGAACAAAAACAGACUCAGGAAGGGGGUUGUCUCUAUGAAGAGGUUGGUUAAUGGGUGUUAUAUACUAUAGGCAAUCACUCUUGAGGUUAUAUUGUGGGGGUCCAAAUUGAACAAAACAUUUCAUAGUUGUUAUUUUGUACCGACUUUAUUAUUCCAAAACCCUAAAAGGGAGAUGAAAUGAUAUUCAUUCUCCAAUGAUCGAUGUAAGCCAAGAGGUGAAAGCCCUUAGAAUAAUAAGAAAUGAUUAAAAGACCA